AUGGCCUCGCUCUCGCCGCUCUCGCCGCUCUCGCCGGCUGCAUGCACAGAGGUGCUAGACACCCACUGCCACCUCCACACGGGAUCCGGUCAGUCCCAAAUGGUCGGCGCCGGCGCUGUGAGCAUGGCGGUCGCCGAGAGCGACGACUGGGACAUGCUCGCGGAGUGGCUCGAGUCGGGCCCAGACUCGGCAGCGGCGUCGGCAUCGGCCUCGCCGUGGCGCAUCGGUGGCUACGGGACACAUCCGUGGUAUGCCACCUCGGUUGUCGAGCUGCCGUCGCUGAGAGUCGACGAUCUGCCGACCGAUGCCACUGUCUCGGCCGCCGUCGCGAGCUACAUCGCCCGCCUCGGCGACCGGCUCGACGCUGCGGCGGCGGCCGGGCACACAGUCAUUGUGGGCGAGAUCGGAGUCGACAAGUUCCGCGGCUGGCAUCCGCAAGCCGAGGCCGAUGGCGAGGUGCCCGACGGAUACGCCGAGAUGUCGCGGAACGGGCGGAAUCGGCUGGCCUUUAACAUCGCCCAGAAGCCGCUGUUUGAGGCCCAGUUUGAUCUCGCGGCUGCACGCGGCCUCCCGGUCUCCAUCCACUGUGUCCAGGCCGGUGGCUACCUGUUUGAGUUUCUGGCAAGCGCGAGCCGCCGCGGGCUUGUUCCGUCGGGCGUCGCCCUGCAUUCGGUCUCGCUCAAAGCCGGGCUAAUCACCUCACUGCUGGCCAUCCGCGGCCCGCUCGCGGACGUCCUGUUCUUUGGCCUCUCGCCGGCCAUCAACUACUCAAGCCCGCGAAGCGCCAAGCUCACUGACGCAGCAAUUGCCCUUAUUCCGCGCGAGCAAGUCCUGCUCGAGUCGGACUUGGAAGAGUACGAGGCCAACGAGCAGGCUGCUGACUACACGCCGCUCGUUGCCGCGCUCGCUGUCGCCUGGGACGCUACUCUCGCUGAAGUCAUCGCCAUCACCAGCGCCAACGCCCGCCGCUGGCUGGCGGGCCUUGCCCCGUCACCGGUGCAAAGCUGCUAG